AUGGCAGAUAAAUUUGUCACCGCCCAUGUAGGAGCCAAAAAGGCAAAAGCUAGGGUAAAUGAUAUAUUUGUCGUAAGGCAAAUGCACAGCGAGGGACUCAGAGACUUCUUAGCUCGGUUCAACAGGGUGAGAAUGAGCUUGCCGAAUAUGUCGAAAGGAAUGGCAGUAGAAGCCUUCCAGAACGGGCUAAACAGGAACAGGUCGAGAUGUGCCGAGGUACGAGCUGACGAGGACGACCUCAAUGGUCUAACCCAACGGUUGAUAUCACUUCAAGCUGAAGCAAAGAAAGAUCGCUGUAACGACGGUCGAAGAUAUCAGUUGGGGCCCCGCCUCGGCCGAGAAAGGCAUCAGCCUUACAUCAGGAUGUCUGCCCCGCCUCCACCAUGGCACACAAAUGCUCCCCCUCGACAUACAAUGCCAUAUCGACACGAGAAAGGUAUGCCUCCACUCCGAUAUGCUCACAAUUUUUGUGUUUCUCCUUCAGAAAUAGUGUACGCACUGGAGAAACUCGAUCCAAAGGUGCAAUGGUCGCAAAAAAUGAGGUCAGACCCCAACACCCAGAAGUCAAGCACUUUCUGCAAAUUUCACCAAGAAAGGGGUCACAAAACCAAAGAUUGCAUAAGACUGCAACAGGAGGUAGUGCGAAUGCUAGGCCAGGGACACCUGAAAGAGUUGCUAAGCGAUCGAGAACGGGCUAACUUCGCCCGCGGACGCGAACAGCCCCAGGGACCUCCAAAACUGCCUUCUCCCGCUCGCACUAUACAGAUGAUCAUCAGUGGAGGCGAUGGCACAGCAAUCAAUCAUGUCAAAUUCACCACCACACAUAAACUCAAAUGA